AUGUUAAACUAUUAUAUCAUUCCCGAUCUAUACGAUUAUGACAAGAUUACACGUUUCUUUGAUGCCAUAUCAAAAAUUUUAAUCAUAUUUGUAUUUACAUUUUAUGGUAUGACAUUGAUCCGUGAAAACAAUAAUAUCAGCGGCUACCCACCACCAGGAGCUUAUCCACCAGGCGCUGCCUAUCCACAACAAGGUUACCCACCAGGAGCCUACCCUCAAGGUGCCUACCCACCACCAGGUGCCGUUCAAGGCACUUACCCACCACCAGGAGCUUAUCCACCAGGAGCCUACCCACCAUCACACGGUGCUCACGUUUCCUAUUAUCAUCACGGACAUCAUAAAGGAUACAAACACAAGGGCUUCAAGGGCUACAAGCACAAGGGUUACAAGCACAAAGGCUUCAAGGGUAAGAAAGGCUUUAAAGGUUUUAAAUGA